AUGGAGAAAUUAACAAUAGAUCAUUUUACACUCCUUAAGGUAAUUGGAAAAGGGUCUUAUGCUAAAGUAGUACUAGUGAAAAAAAAUGUAUGACUUGAUUCUUUAAACUUAGGAUAAUAAGGAAAUUUAUGCUAUGAAGAUUUUAAAGAAAAAAAAUAUUGAAAAAAGAAAAUAAGAAGACCAUGUCUUAGGAGAAAGAAACAUUCUAGUUGAAGUAAAGCAUCCAUUUAUCAUAAAAAUGUUUUAUGCUUUUAAAAGUGAUGUGAAAUUAUACUUUGUUCUUGAAUAUUGUUCAGGAGGAGAGUUAUUUAAUUUAUUAUAAAAGCGUAAAGUAUUUACAGAAGAUCAAGUAUAAUAUUCAAAUAUCAUUUAAGGCAAGAUUCUAUGCUGCACAAAUUGUCUUAGCUCUUGAACACUUACAUAAUCAUGAUAUCAUCUAUAGAGAUCUUAAACCUGAAAAUGUUUUGAUUGAUGCAUAAGGUUAUAUUAGAAUUACUGAUUUUGGAUUGUCAAAACGAAAUGUUAAAGGUACCAAAGAUGCUUAAAGUGUUUGUGGUACUCCUGAGUAUUUGGCUCCUGAAAUUUUAUUAAAAUCUGGUCAUGGUAAACCAGUUGAUUGGUGGACUUUAGGAGCAAUCAUAUAUGAAAUGUUAUCAGGAUUUCCUCCAUUUUAUACUUAAAAUAGAGAAGAAUUAUUUGAAAGCAUUAAAUUUGCAUAAUUAAAAUAUCCAGUAAGUCUAACACCAGCAUGUAAAUCCUUAUUAGAAGGAUUAUUUUCUAAGAAUCCAGAUAAAAGAUUGGGAAGUAAGGGAGCUUAAGAAAGUAAAUGUAAUUCUUAUAUGUUUAGUUAAGGAUCAUCCUUGGUUUUUAAAUGUAAAUUGGGAAACUUUAUUGAAAAAACUAUAUAAGCCACCAUUUAUCCCAUUAGUGAAAAGUGAAGUAGAUGUUUCAAACUUUGAUCCAGAAUUUACUGAGUAGCCAUUGGAAUCACAUGAUCCAAAUUCGUUAUCGAUUGGAGGUGAAAGCAUUGGUUAAAAAUAUUAAGAUUUUACUUAUGAUGCUAAAUUGGAAUGAU